UGGGCAAAGCUGCUGUGAUCUUUUGGCAUUCAUUGGUUGCCCAUCCGAGUCUUGGUGUCAUUUUUGUACUUGCUGCGAUCGGCGUAUAAUGUCCAAUCAAGAGAUGUUUAAUACCGAGGGAUAUCUUCACCAGGUUUCAAAAGUGAAACUUGCGUCGAAAAACGACACUAAGUAUUUUAAUGCCGUAUUACAAGAGCAAGACGGUUUUAAAGACAUAGUAGUAUUUUCACCACAAAAGCACCGUGAUUUCAUCAAUGCCGAAAAGCACAAGAGUCCAGUGUUACUGAAGAAUUUGUUGACAUCACCAUCACGGCGAGAUGCUACAAAAAAUGAUCUUAAAUAUAACUCAAGAUCCAACCUAUCUAUUGCCAAAAAGUUGAAGUUUAACUUUGACAGUGGAUACCGGUUAACACGCCAGAGCAGUACAACACUGAAUACCAUAAGAGAUAUCACAGACAAUUUUGCUGCUUUCCAAACAGUAAACACAGUUGCAAAGGUGAUUAGUUGUGGAAAUGGUGGACCAAAACAAUUAUCAUCAGGAUUGAUCAUGCAAAUGCAAGAGUUUGCUAUUGCAGACAGUACAUCAUCGAUGCUCAUAGCUAUAUGGGGAGAACAGAUUGACAGCAUCAAACUUAAUUCCACCUACAAGUUCAACGAUGUAAGUGUACGUGAAUUUCAAGGUACCAUUCAACUGACUUCCACACCGGAUACUACUAUAACAGAAACCACGCCACUAACAGAUGUGAGUACUGAUAAUACACCUGGCAUGCAAAUGAAUACCAUCAGAGGAACAAUCAUAUCUGCUGAGUGUACAGCAAAAUAUUACUGUCACUGUAAAAAGCAACUGGUAGAUUAUGCUCCAGAGAUGUCAACUAUCAAGUGUCCAUACUGCUCUCAACGAACAAAAACAAGCCAUCUUUUACCAAGUAUUAAAGCAUACAUCAACAUCACAUCAGACUCUGGCAAGAUGCAUAAACUUACUGCAUCUGAAGUCAUCCUGCAAAAACUGUGCCCUCAACAUGACUUAAAAAGAACAGAUGAAACUGAAGAGAUCUUACUUGAUGCUGAAGAGCAAGAAUUUCAAGUUUCUGGUUAUAAUAUCAUUAGCAUUUCACCAGUCAAUGCUCAUAAUGAUUUACCACUGGUACCUGCCGAGAAUUACCAAAAUGAAACUGAAGAGAUCUUACUUGAUGCUGAAGAUCAAGAAUUUCAAGUUUCUGGUUAUAAUAUCAUUAGCAUUUCACCAGUCGAUGCUCAUAAUGAUUUACCACUGGUACCUGCCGAGAAUUACCAAAGUAGUCCACGAUAUUUCAAUGGCCUUAAACACCCAUUAGAUGCAAUGCAUCCAUGUUCUUCACUAGAGGUGAUGGG